UUUUUCUCAACGUGAGUCACCAACGUCUGAAGUUCAAAACUAUCAACACGGCGAACAGGUCGGCUUAUUAACAUUCGUUCAACAUCAAUGGGAUGCGCUUCGUCGAAAGAGGCGGUUGAAUCGCGCCUUCACAAUGAUGUUCCGAUACCAAUGUCUGAGCUUCUACAAGGAGUCAAACUGCAGAAAAAAGAUGGUAGUAUGCACAGUGCAGAAGAUGUGCUGAAGGAUAAAGUUGUCGGAUUGUACUUCUCUGCACAUUGGUGCCCGCCAUGCCGUCAGUUCACUCCCGUUUUGAAGGACUUCCACGGAGAGUUAGCAGAUGAUGGAGAAUUUGAGAUUGUUUUUGUGUCGUUCGAUAGAAGCGAAGCCGACCUGAAGGCAUACAUGGAAGAAGCCCACGGCGAUUGGUAUUGCAUUCCUUUUGGUUCACCAAAAAUACAAGAACUUGCCACAAAGUACGGAGUAAGCGGAAUCCCAGCCUUAAUCAUCAUCAAAGCUGAUGGCAAAGAAGUCACAAAGAAUGGGAGAGGUGAUGUUACGAGCAAAAAUCCCAAAGCUGCCCUGUCAGCAUGGAAAUCUGCUUAAAAACCUUUUCACUCAAAAAUUGUCAUUGUUGCUACAUACUUCUAUGUCUAUGUCUGUUUUAAUGCCAUUUUCUAUGUUGUAAUGUAACUUAUGAUCAGUAAAGAGUCAUUUCAUUAGCAAGG